AUGCUUCUCCGAUUCCUAGUUCUUUUAACAGUUUCAAGUUUGGCAACAUGCCGAAAAAUUCAUAUUCAAGUCAGAGAAAAUGUGACACAGAGUUGUCCAAAUGUGGAUUCUGAUGUUAUUGAUGAGAGCUCAUUGAAAAUCACAAUGAAGAUGUUGAAAAAUGAAAAUCCAGAAGAAGAAGAUGAUGAGAAAGAUGAGGUCACCAUCACAGAUAUCAAUGGAGAGACUAGGAAGAUUGACUUCCCAGGAUGUUACAGAGUGAAAGUUAGCUUCAAAAUGCUCAGACCUAUUGAGAAUCCAUACAUUGAAGCCUUCAUGCAACUUGGACAGAAUGUUCCAUGUAAAUCUGAGGAUGCUAUUCAAAAUCUUCGUGGAGUUGACAGUAUCUGUGCCAAUGUAACAAGACCAGCUCAAUGGUGUCCAGAGAGUUAUAAUUCUCAGCUGAGGGAUAUGCUCGGAGGAAAGACAACUUGCAAGUUCUGCUCCCUCUGUGAGAACGUUAAAGAAAAUUUAAAAGAUAAUGAGAGCAAACUGAACAAGUUAAAAAAGUUCCUGAGCAAUGAAGGAAAAGAAGAGUGCUCAACGACUGAUAACAUCCAUAGAUACACUUUCAAGAUGUGCACGCCAACACAAGACGAUUUGAAUAACGAAGGGUCAGAUACCAAAGAUAAGGUGGAGGAGUACUGGCAGUACCUCAAACAGGGAAUCAUGACUACAGUAAUCCACGUCAUGGACCGUAAUCCAAUCAAAUCUGGCCGUGCUGAUCAGUGCCAGAAGAUGUGCGAAGUGUAUGGAGAUUCUGGAAAGAUGGCAAACUCCAAUUACAAGGAAACACUGACAAAGUCGAUUGAAAAGUUGUGUGCGCCAGUGGACACUUAUGCUGCCUGUUUGUAUCAUACUGUCAAGUUUGAUGUGAAUUCGGAUAUGUAA